GUUCACUGCUGCUGUCGGCCAACAAAGAGUCGCCGCUGGUGGGAAAGAUGACAGCGUGACGUUACAGCAGCCUCCCUGAAUGUCCAAGAGUCCCCAUGGAUGACCUGACCCAAGCCCUCUCGGCCAGCUUUGCUGUGUCUAAGGAGCCCAACAGCACAGCCGCCCCCCACCCUCGGCUGGCCCAGUACAAGAGCAAAUACAGCGUGCUGGAGCAGAGUGAGCGACGGCGGCGAUUCCUUGACCUGCAGAAAAGCAAAAGAUUAAAUUACAUCAAUCAUGCGCGGCGUCUGGCCGAUGGGGACUGGACGGGGGCAGACAGCGAUGGUGAGGAGGACAUGGAGAAAAAGGAGGAGGGGGAACAGGGGCAAGACGAUCACACAGAGGAGGAGGGGAUGGAGAUCGAGAGGAGGAAGCUGCCAAAACAUUAUGCGAACCAGCUCAUGCUGUCAGAGUGGCUGGUGGAUGUGCCAUCAGAGCUGGACACUGAUUGGCUGAUGGUGGUCUGUCCUGUGGGAAAAAGAUCUCUCAUCGUUGCCUCCAAAGGCUCCACAGCAGCGUACACUAAAAGCGGCUACUGUGUGAACCGUUUCCCCUCCCUGCUGCCCGGUGGGAACCGACACAACUCAGCCAUGGGAAAAGACUACACAAUCCUGGACUGCAUUUACAGUGAGGUGGACAGAACGUACUACAUCCUGGAUGUCAUGUGCUGGAGAGGCCACCCGGUGUACGACUGCCCGACUGAGUUCCGUUUCUACUGGCUGCAGUCCAAAGUCCAGGAGACGGAUGACCUAUCAGAAAUCGCCAAACGCAACCCUUUCCGGUUUGUGAGUCUCCAAAGCACAGACUGUACAGCAGAGCAGAUUCAGAAAGCUCUGGCAGCCGAGUACAGCUUCAGUGUGGAUGGUCUCCUCUUCUACCACCGGCAGACUCACUACACCCCCGGCAGCACCCCUCUGGUGGGCUGGCUUCGCCCAUACAUGGUCUCAGACAUCCUGGGUAUAGAGGUUCCAGUCGGACACCUCACAGCUAAGCCUGAGUAUGCCAGUCACCAGCUGCAGCAGAUCCUGGAACACAAAAAAACGUCAAGUGAGGUCCGUCCAGCCAACAGAAGUGGAGGCUACGAGUUAGAGUACCUGUCCACCCCGAGCCAGGAAGGUGGGGACCCUCUAAACUUUCUGAAUCAAAAGCCCAUAAGGGAAGCACACAUGGAGAUCUGAGUGGGAGGGUUAACGAGAUGCAAAUUGCUAUCUCUGAGUGGUGGCAGCCCACAUAUGGCUCUUUAGAAUGUCUGCUGAAUGGUUUUGCAUAUCUGACCAAUUGCAAAGCAUGGCUAAUUCUAAUCCGGCACUGCUCAGGACACCCUCAGAGUGCAGAUUAGUAGAGCUGUGCUGCAUGUGUUUUUAAAUGGCUUAAACCUCCGUCACUUACAUCACAUACCUGUUGCAGAACUCCGAAACAGAUUGGUUUCUUUGAGAGUAAGUGCAGCCUUUAGUCGUUUUAAUUACUUAGUCACGGUCUGUUACACAGAUUCCUUACAUAACACCGUAGGCAGUCGCAUGCGAUCAAAAGAUAGAACAAGAGGUUUCUUGUGCAAGAUAUACAGCAAAGUGCAGCACGGUACAUGUUGCAGUGAAGCGUUACUUUGUUGCUUUGCACUUUCUUCACUUACAACAGAUCUUGCAUAAGAAACAUGCUCAGCGCUGUCAGCUGUUUGCAGGGUUUCUGUGUCGAUCACUGUCGCUGACCCACCAAAAAAAAAUUACCAAAUUUCUGAGCAGAUCAUUAGUUUGAGCAACAGAAAUGGGGGUUUGCACUUAGUGUUUUAGAGGGUGAGGUGUUGCUGACCGGUCAGACCUUGUGAGCUGCGAUCAUGCCCAACAGCAGCAGUGACACAGACUUUUACAAUUUCACGUAAAAUUUAAAAUUGCUGAGAAGAUGUUUUAAAGCAUAUGUUUCUAAAUAAAUGUUUUUUAUUGGCCUACA